CUCCCUCCUCGGCUCUCAGAGCUUUUGGAGCUUGGAAGGGGAAUGAAGGCAGGACGGGGGCAUGCGGGGAUGCGAGAUGUUGUUCCGAUUUAGGUCACACAACUCGCUCGUCCUCAUUUCGGGAUUUUGCAGGACGGGCCCAUAUGCGGAGGGCGGGGAGCUGCGAUUUAGGUCGACUGCGCCUCGCAUGAGGUCGUGAUCGGAGGUCGCUUUGCGAUUUGGGAUAGCGCAGAUCGUUUUCCCGAUUUGAGCGUACGUGUGUGGAUGCAUUUGUGUAUUGUGAGUGAGUCGGAAGGAGGUGUCGUUUGCGAGGGAGGGUUUGGAGAAGGGGGUAGGAUGGCUUGUAGGGGGCGCCAGACGGUGAAGCUGCUGCAGGAGGUAGCAGCGACUCCGUUGUUUCGUAGCAAAUUGAGCAUAGCAGGGGUUCGUGAUGCGGCUCUGCCCGCGACGUCGCAUCUCCCUCGUCGUCACCAUCAGGUCGCCUGCGAGAGAGGGUCGGAUGGGACAGGUCCAUUGGCGAGCUCGCUGGGCGGCGUACGCCACGCAAGCAGCGCUGCCCUGGCGUCUAACAGGGUGAAGCCUGAGAAAGUGGAAGUGGAGACAAUUGAGGUGAGCGUGGACGGGAUGGCCGUGCAAGUUCCCAAGGGCAUGACGGUGUUGCAGGCAUGCGAGCUGGGAGGGGUGACCAUUCCUCGGUUCUGCUACCACAGUCGUCUUUCUAUUGCUGGGAAUUGUCGCAUGUGCCUGGUCGAGGUGGAGAAGACUCCGAAGCCCGUCGCGUCUUGCGCCAUGCCUGCUUUGCCAGGUAUGAAAAUCAAGACGGACACACCUCUGGCUAAGAAAGCAAGGGAGGGAGUGAUGGAGUUCCUUCUGAUGAACCACCCCUUAGAUUGUCCGAUUUGCGAUCAAGGAGGAGAGUGCGAUCUUCAGGACCAGUCGAUGGUGUUUGGAUCCGAUCGUGGCCGUUUUAUCGACACGAAGAGAUCUGUUCUGGACAAGAACCUGGGGCCCCUGGUGAAGACCAUCAUGACUCGAUGCAUCCAAUGUACCAGGUGUGUGAGAUUUGCCAAGGAGAUUGCUGGCGUGGAGGAUCUGGGCGUGCUGGGGCGUGGAGGAAGCGAGGAGAUUGGAACAUACGUAGAAAACUUGAUGACGAGCGAGUUGUCCGGCAACGUGAUCGAUGUGUGUCCUGUUGGGGCGUUGACAUCCAAGCCGUAUGCAUUCACAGCAAGACCGUGGGAGCUGAAGGCGACGGAGAGUAUCGACGUUUUGGAUGCCGUGGGCUCAAACAUCCGCAUCAACAGCCGCGGACCUGAAGUGAUGCGUAUCAUUCCUCGCCUUCAUGAGGAAAUCAACGAGGAGUGGAUCGGAGACAAGGCGAGGUUCAGUUACGAUGGUCUGAAGCGUCAGCGGCUAAGCGAGCCGAUGAUCCGGCGUCCCGAUGGACAACUGCAGGCGGCAUCAUGGAAAGAUGCGCUGGAGGCUAUUGCUGAGCCGGCUUAUAAAGUGAAGCCAGAAGAGAUGGUAGGUGUGGCCGGCAAGUUGGCCGAUGCGGAGUCCAUGUUGGCACUGAAGGAUUUUCUGAACAGGAUGGGUUGUGAGCGCCUGUGGGCCGAAGGGGAUGGCGAGUCGGUGGAUGCAGACUUGAGAUCCAGGUUCUUGCUGAACACGGGCAUUGCCGGCCUGGAGCAGGCAGACGUGUGUUUGCUGAUCGGAACUCAGCUUCGGUGGGAGGCUCCUAUGGUGAACGCAAGGCUGCGGAAAGCAGUGAGGUUCAACAAGGCAAAGGUGGCUGUCGUGGGUCCCGAGGUGGACUUGACGUAUCCCCACCAGCACCUAGGUGUUGACACGGACACGCUGAUGAAGAUCGCUGAAGGGCGACAUCCGUUUUGCGCGGAGUUGGCAUCGGCUGAACGACCUGUGGUCAUCGUGGGUAGUGGAGCGCUGGAGCGCGGAGAUAAGGCGGCAAUAAUGUCCGCACUGGACAUCAUCGCAGAGCAGAGUAACCUGAUUCGGGACGAUUGGUUCGGAGCCAACGUUCUGCUUCUGAACGCUUCUCAAGCAGCAGCACGUGACCUGGGAUUCGUGCCAGGUGCAAGGGCAGGAAAAGCGGACGCAAGAUUUUUGUACCUGUUGGGGGCUGACGACCUGACUCCCGCAGACAUUCCAGAGGAUGCUUUUGUGGUGUACCAAGGGCAUCACGGCGAUCGUAGUGCGUACAGGGCAAACGUGAUCCUUCCUGGUGCGGCUUACACGGAGAAGGAAGGCACAUACGAGAACGUCGAAGGGCGAGCUCAGCAGACGAGCUCAGCCGUGCCGACCGUUGGGGAUGCCCGAGAUGAUUGGAAGAUCAUCCGUGCACUUUCAGAGGUUGCGGGGAAGACGCUCCCGUACGACGCGGCAAACGGCUUGAGAGCUCGCAUGAUGGCAGUGGCUCCAAAUUUGUUGCGAGUAGACGAAGUGGAGUUGGCCACAGGGUGGGCGCUGGACACAAACACAAGACCAGGUGCUGCCUUGGAAUCGUCUCCUCUUCCGAAGGCCAUCGAGAAUUAUUACAUGACUGACGCAAUUAGCCGGGCGUCACGGACGAUGGCGCAAUGUACUGCUACACUAGCGAAGCGUCAAGCAGAGACUAGACAGUAGGCGGUUGCGCCGAAUUGGAUGGGGGGAUAGUGAAUGCAAUAAAAGUAAUUUUUUUAACACGUUUA